GUGCACGGUCUCCGAGGUCCCCGCGCCACGGGACGCUUGGGCGAGUGCGAGAUGCAGCUGGAGCAGGAACGCAAAGGCAAGGCAGGGCUGGCCGGGCUGCCUCGGUGACAGCUUUCCUGCGCGCCCGCUCCUCGCUCGCACUCUCUGGAGCCUAAGGCGACCUUCUCGGGGACCAGUGCGGUGCAGCUUCUCGCCUCCCAGAACCAGUUAAGUGGAGCCGGCGGCUCGUGAACACGACGCCGAUGGAGGAGCCGGGGCCCAACUUCACGUUGCCGGACCUGGGCUGGGACGCUCCCCCGGACAACGGCUCGCUGGCGGAUGAACUGCUGCUCUUCCCUGCGCCGCUGUUGGCGGGCGUCACCGCCACCUGUGUGGCGCUCUUCGUGGUGGGCGUCGCGGGCAACCUGCUCACCAUGCUGGUGGUGUCGCGCUUCCGCGAGCUGCGCACCACCACCAACCUCUACCUGUCCAGCAUGGCCUUCUCCGACCUACUCAUCUUCCUCUGCAUGCCCCUGGACCUCGUCCGCCUCUGGCAGUACCGGCCCUGGAACUUCGGGGACCUGCUCUGCAAACUCUUCCAGUUCGUCAGCGAGAGCUGCACCUACGCCACCGUGCUCACCAUCACCGCGCUGAGCGUCGAGCGCUACUUCGCCAUCUGCUUCCCGCUGCGGGCCAAGGUGGUGGUCACCAAAGGCCGGGUGAAGCUGGUCAUCCUGGUCAUCUGGGCCGUGGCCUUCUGCAGCGCCGGGCCCAUCUUCGUGCUGGUGGGCGUGGAGCACGAGAACGGCACCGACCCUCGGGACACCAACGAGUGCCGCGCCACCGAGUUCGCCGUGAGCUCCGGGCUGCUCACCGUCAUGGUGUGGGUGUCCAGCGUCUUCUUCUUCCUGCCGGUCUUCUGCCUCACCGUGCUCUACAGCCUCAUCGGCAGGAAGCUGUGGCGCAGGGGGCGCGGCGAGGCCGCGGUGGCCGCCUCGCUCAGGGACCAGAACCACAGGCAGACCGUGAAGAUGCUGGCUGUCGUGGUGUUUGCUUUCAUCCUCUGCUGGCUGCCCUUCCACGUAGGGCGAUACCUGUUUUCCAAGUCUUUCGAGCCUGGCUCCCUGGAGAUUGCUCAGAUCAGCCAGUACUGCAACCUGGUGUCCUUUGUCCUCUUCUACCUCAGCGCCGCCAUCAACCCCAUCCUGUACAACAUCAUGUCCAAGAAGUACCGAGUGGCGGCGUUCAAACUCCUGGGAUUCGAGCCCUUCUCCCAGAGGAAGCUCUCCACCCUGAAGGAUGAAAGCUCCCGGGCCUGGACAGAAUCUAGUAUUAACACAAGACAAGCACCUCGCUGAGCAAAGUCAUUGCUUAUUAUUCUACCCUGGAAGCCAUGGCACAGCAGAACUUGAGAGGAAGUUGAAGGUUAAUUGUGGAAUUGAGACAGAUAGGUCUGGAAACAGUGGAGGGUAGAAAAAGAUAGAACGUGUGGUGUGUGAGAAGUUGAAUUUGAUUGCCUCACUCAUCAGUGCUCUCACACACUGUGUCCGCACAUCCGCCUCCUGCGAUCCCGCAUUCUGCUGGUGGUGCUUAGUGAUUUGGAGAAAGGAGAAGGUGCAGAGAAGGCAGUUAGUGCACUUCUGACUGGAUACAUACGUAAUCUAAUUUACUUCUUCAUAAUAGUAAAAAUGUGAUGGGAAGAAUGACAUUAAAAUAAAAAAUUUAAAAUGACUUUAAAAAUAGCGAUUUUCAUAUAUAGUCUAGGUCAGCGCCGUCCACAAGAAAUAUAUAAUGCAAGGUACUAAAAC